UAUUGCGAAAAACCCCUCCUUGUGUUUGGAAGCACCACUGGCCCUUCCCUUCGCCUCCCGGCGUCGCUCGACGGCUGCUGCAUCGUUUACCGGGUGGACGGCGUUGGAGAUCCGUGGUUGUGGUGGUUUUUUUUUUCUACCAGUGAGCGGCAGUUGGCCAGGGUUGUUCAAUUCUUUACUUAAUUGGUUGGCGGAAGCUGAAACUUCUUGUGAUUUUAGUGUGACUGGCAAGAACAUAUGGCCCGUGGUCAAUCUCAGAAGGACGAGGAUACUAGCAGCUCGACGAGUAGACGCGCUAGCAAGAAAAGGAAAGACAUAAUUGACUCGAGCAUUUCUGGUUCGACGACGAAUGCUAGCCCUAAAACCAAAGUUUCGAGUGGCAAAGCGAAAGACAGCAGGACUCUGACUACCACGAGUUCAGCAGCGACGGAUUCUUCCAAUUUGAGAUCUGCUAGGGAAACAACUACCAAGAAAGCGAGCGUGUUGGGUCCUAUCUUGCGGAAAUCAGAACGGCUUGAGAAGCAAAAUAUGUCAACCCCUUUGCAGAAAAGGGGUUCAGAUAUGGAAGUCAAGAAUCAUAGUCCGCUAAGACGGUCAAAGAGGAUUGAGAGGUUCUGCGCAUCAAGUUCCUCAGGUUCAAAGCUGUCUGGAAAAAGCUCAACUCCUUUGGUGAAGAAGAAAGUGAACGAGGUGAAGAAUGAAAAAACAAAAUCAGUUUCAGGCACCACAGGAACGAACAAGUCUAAGAAGCUUAGCAGUGGUAGUAGCCGAUUGUUAAAAAACCGAACGAGAAUGGAUGCCCGGAGUUAUAGAGCUUUAUUUACACCACUAACUAAAAAGGCCAAAAUUUCAGAUUCCACAGAACCAUUGAAUGACUGUGUUUCAAGGGCUGCUGAUUCUGCAGCAGUAGUAGAGCAUGGAGAUGAGUGUAGUGGAAGAAAGUGUGACGAGCCUAUAGUGAAUCCUUGUGAUAAAGAAUUAAAAGAAACUGCAGAAGGUUCUAGUUCAGUUUCAAGAGAGCUUGAAGAGUUGGUCCAGGGAGUUGAUAGAGCAAGUACAUCUUGUUUUAACGUGAAGCGAAAGUUAACUGAAUUAAGUGAGUCCAAAUAUGCUGAUAACAGUACUAGUUCACUGCAGCCUUCUCUAGCUGGAAAUAUUGCCAAAGAAUAUGACAAUGGCAUGUUUCAGAGAGAGACUGACAUUGAUCGUGACGAAAUUGAUGCAUGUAAGUUAAAUACAGAAGAUUUUGGGUUAUUACAGCCUGCAGAGCAUGCUUUUCAAAAUAGACCCUUCACUGCUGAUGUUAUUCAACAAAGUGGGGAUACUUCAGCAUCUCCUAGAAGUGCAAAGCUGACUUGUGAUCUUGAUUUGAACACUUCAUUAACACUACAAGGAGAACAUAUGUUGAUUCAGACAAUUUCCAUGGCGGAUGCUUGUCUUUCAUCUCCUUCUUUGACUAGACGAGAUAAUCUACAGCAGUGCACAAAGUGUUUUGAACUCCAAAGGGUUCAGGAUAUGCAAGUUAAGGAGCAAUGUUCAUAUAUUGCCAGAAGCCAUGAUUUAUCCCUCGAAUUGUCUGAGGAAGCUCAUCAUAAAGUUGCUCCAGAUAAACAUGGCAAUGCUGCUAUUUGUUUGCAAGAAGAUAAAUGUAAAGGAAACUCUUUGUCAGAAGCUGAAAGUGGACUGGCUGGAGCAGAGAAGUCAAAUUGUUUUGUAGCUUCAGCCUGUACAGUAAGUCUAAACAUGCUCAUGGAAAGUCGGGAGAUUGGGGCCAGACCAGUGGACUGUAAUUUCAUGGAUAUUUCAAAAGAACAUGAUAAUUCAACUCAUUUGAGAAAGUCCUUGUUUGAAAUUAAGACAGAUGGUGGUGCCAAUGCAUGUGUUGUCUGCAAACACCCAGAAACAGAACUGUCUUGUGAUGGGAAAGGUUGCAACAGAAGCUAUCAUCUUUCUUGUCUUGAUCCACCCCUGCAAAAUUAUCCUGGUGCUUGGCUAUGCAUUUUUUGCAUAAAAAAGAAAAUAGAGAUUGGUGUACACUCCAUAUCUGAAGGAAUAGAUUCCAUUUGGAACUUUAAAGAAGAAUUGCAGAAUGGCAAGCAUUACUUUGUCAAGUAUAAAGGUCUUGCUCAUAUCCAUAAUCAAUGGAUUUCAGAAACCCAGAUGCUUCAGGAAGCUCCUACACUUUUGUCUAAAUUCAAAAGGAAAUAUUACAAAGAGAGGGCUAUAAAAUGGAAGCAGGAGUGGGCCGAGCCUCAUCGGCUAUUGCUAAAAAGAUUGCUGAUGCCUCAAAAGCUGACUGAUGACCUUUUUAAUGGGCUUGCUAAUAGCUUUCCAAAAUGCUACCAUGAGUGGUUUGUGAAAUGGAAAGGUCUUGGUUAUGAGGAUGCUACAUGGGAGCUUGAGACUUCACCAGUUCUAUGCACACCCGAGGCUAUGACACUUAUGAAAGAUUAUGAAGCACGUAUUGAGGCAAAGACAGCAUUUGAUUCUUCCAAAGCUGAAAAGGCUCUGGAGUUCAAGACAAAUCCUUAUAAUAAAUUGACGAGGUUUCCUGAUGGGUGUCCACCUGGACUUGAUAAUGAUCAUUUAUAUGCUAUCAACAGGCUUCGUGAGUUUUGGCACAGGAAUCAAAGUACUGUUUUAAUUGAUGGUCAGGAGCGGGUUACGAAGUCCAUUUUAUUCAUAUUUUCCUUGCUAUCUUAUGCUUGUCGGCCUUUUCUCAUUGUCACACCUUGUACUUCUCUUUCCUUAUGGGAGACUGAGUUUAAUCGCUUGGCACCUUCUAUCAAUCUUGUUGUCUAUAAUGGGAGCAAGGAUGUCCGGAAGAUGAUUCAAUCUCUUGAAUUUUAUCAGGGAGGUGGUUGCAUAAUGUUUCAAGUGCUCUUGUCACACCCUGAUGCUAUACUUGAGGAUUUUGAAACACUAGAAUGCAUUGCCUGGGAAGCUCUCCUUGUUGAUGAGUGCCAAAGUUCUAGAGUGUUUAAGCAUUUGGAACUGCUUAAGCGUCUUUCAUCUUCCUUCAGGCUGCUUCUUUUAAGUGGUCAUUUGAAGGACAAUAUUGCUGAAUACCUCAACCUGCUCUUGUUCCUUGAUCUAGGGACUGAUGGGAAUUUGGGAUGCAUUAUGAAGUCUGAUUCUGUUGGUGUUGUUGGCACACUUGCUUUAUUGAAAGAGAGAUUGUCACAAAAUCUUGCUUAUGACCGUAAACCGGAUUCCUCUAAGUUUUUGGAGUACUGGGUUCCUGUUCAGCUUUCUAAUGUGCAGCUGGAACAAUAUUGUGCUACUCUGAUUUCAAAUGCCAUACCUCUUUGUUCAUGUUCAAAAAUUGAUCUAGUUGGAGCCCUUGGUAACAUUCUUAUAUCAACCAGAAAGUGCUGUGACCAUCCUUACCUCGUUGAUGAAUCUUUGCAAAGCUCACUUACCAGAGGUCUUCCAGUGACUGAAUAUUUAGAUAUUGGGGUAAAUGCAAGUGGCAAGCUACUAGUACUUGACAAGAUUCUCCAAAUGAUACAAAAUCAAGGAUUGAGAGUGCUGAUUCUUUUUCAGUCAACUGGCAGAGCUGGAAAGACUUCAAUUGGUGAUAUUUUGGAUGACUUUCUUCGUCAAAGAUUCGGUGGUGAUUCCUAUGAGCGUAUUGAUCGUGGAAUAGCAAUGUCAAAGAAACUGGCUGCACUGAACAUGUUUAAUGACAAGGAGAGAGGAAGAUUUGUCUUUUUAAUUGAAAAUCGUGCAUGCUUACCAAGCAUCAAACUUGCAUGCAUUGACGCUAUUAUAAUUUAUGAUAGUGAUUGGAAUCCAUUGAAUGAUCUACGUGCGCUUCAGAAGAUAACUAUUGAAUCACUGCGUGAUUAUGUAGCUGUUUUUCGUCUAUAUUCAUCCUUUACAAUAGAGGAAAAACUUUUAAUUCUUGCAAAGCAGGAUAUGAUACUUGACAACAAUAUGGAUAACGUAAGCCCUAGUGUCUGCCAUUCGCUUCUUAGUUGGGGUGCCUCAUGCCUCUUUCACCGACUAGAAAAGUUCCAUCAACUUCAAUCCUUGGAUAAUUAUUCUCCAAAUUCCUCUGAUAAAAUGCUUCUGCUUAAUGAUGUGCUGGAAAUAUUAACAAAAAUACCAGCCUAUAUUCCUAGCAAAUGUUCAAUUUUGGUAAAGGUCCAGCAGAGUGGAGCAUCCUAUUCAAGAAAUAUAGUUUUGGCUGGUGAGCAAGGAGCCUCCUCAUUCGAUAAAGAUCUGUGCAGUUUCUGGUCAAAUUUAUUGGAAGGAAGACAUCCUCAAUGGCGAUACAUUUCUAAGCCAUCUCAUAGUCAGAGAAGUCGUAGAAAGGUUCACAAUAUGGACAAACUUGUAAUGCCACCUGAAUCAGAAAAUGAAAAAGCAGAGAAAAAGCGGAGGAAGGUGGUUAGCAGCAAUACUGUUGAUCCACUAUAUUCGGAAUGUUCAUUUCAAGGAAGACAAGCUGAAGGCAAUAGCAAUUUGUUGUCUGGAAAUCAUGAUCAGCCAUCUCUUAGUUUCAUGACUAAAGCAGCUUUCAUGUCAAGUAGCUUGCAGACAGAGACUGGUAUUACUGUACUGUUAAGAAUUGGAUUGCAAUAUGUCAUCUUUCUUGGCGAUUUUGAUAUUCUUUAUUUUGUUGUGGGAUUAAAUGUUGCAGAAGCACAACUAACAUGUCAAGGAAAGGAUGUAUCACAUGUGUCUCCAAUGUCUGAUGGUACUUCUGAUGUAAAUAAGCCUCACGAGGUUGAUUUAAAUGGGAGAGAGAAAUUAAGUUCCUCUCAAAGGAACCUUCAUCUUUCGUUGAAGCCAAAGUUAUCAAAGCUCUGUGAGGUAUUGAAACUUCCGGAGAAUGUCAAGGAUAUGGCUCAAGUGUUUCUGGAGUAUAUAAUGAAUAAUUAUCAUGUUAGUCCAGAACCAAAAAUGAUAUUGCAGGCCUUCAAGAUAUCACUGUGUUGGCGAGCUGCUGCUUUCUUAAAGCAUAAGAUUGAUCACGAGGAAUCACUUGCACUUGCAAAGAAGUAUUUGAAGUUCGCAUGCAAUGAAGAGCAGGCUUCUAAUGUUUAUUCUAAAUUAAGGAUACUAAAGAAGAAAUUUUUAGAUCGAGACAAUGUUAUUAUUAGCAAACAUGAGCCCAGUUUAUUAGAGCCUGGGUCAUCAGUGUCAGGAAAAUAUCUUACUGGAGAACUUGCCUUGGAGAUGACUUCAAAUUCUACAGGAUUUAGUCUUCAUGAAUUUGAGAAAUGUGGACUUCAACAGAGUCCUCAAAGCCACAGUGUUCUUGAGCAACCAAUGUUGCAGGAGCAGGAGCAAGUCCCUGUUCUUGAAACUUCUGCAGAUCUGCAUGAGAACCUUGGUUCUCUGAAGGCCAAACUGCUAAAAAAACAAACUGAUUUGAUUCACAAUAUUUGUUUGAGAAGGGAAGAAGAUCUCCUCCUCAAGCAACAAGAAGAAAUUUCAGAAUUCCGUGUGUGCAAGGAAAAGUUGGAGUUGAAUUUGAAAAGAGCACAUCAUGAACAUUUGGGACAUAUUCUUGAUUUGGUUAUGGAUUCAGCUGACAAAAAUGACAAGAUUAGAAUGUUCAAAGUAGAGUUUGCAAAAAAAAAGGGUGGAUUUGGGAAACACAUGGAUUGCCAAUUUUUUAAACUUAAAGGCAUGCAGUCCGUUGCAAGGGAUAAGGAGCUACAGAUAAAGAAUCACUGGUUCGAAGAAGCUAAGGCUGGUAAACUAACAGAGACUUUUGAUAGCAUUCCUUUGUCAGAGUCUGGAUUCAGGUUGGAGGAAUUCAGAGGAGAUCAAGAUGAUGUUCAUGAUGGUCUAGGGAACAGAAUAUAUGACUCCAGGACAUCUGUGCCAUUUCAAAAUAAGCAUACUGUUGGGUCAAUCACUGUGGGUCACUUGGUAACUAGUGGGUUGAGUUCCAAAAGCUCUGGAGGAUCUGCAGUUUUGUCUCCUAGAGGAGCUGGAUGCCUGCCAAGUCAAAUUGAUACAUCCACUUGUCAAUCCAGUGGUUUGAAUGAAACUGAAGUUUAUGGACCAAGAGGGAUGCAUUUGGAAGUUCCAUCAACUAUUCCACCUCCGGAGAUGGUUGUCAUGCCCAUGGAAACUGAAACUCUUGCUUCUGAGAUUCCUACAGGUAAGGUUGAUGAUAUGCCUAUCAACUCUGGAACUGCAGCAACUGUUGAAACUGAGAAGCAAAGGGAUGCAGAAAAUUCUGAUAUGUCAUGCUCGAUAACUUGUCCAUUGGAAAGCAUUCGACAAGGCAGAAGUACAGAUAAUGGUGAGGUUGCAUGCUCAGCAACAUUUUUUCCACAAAAUCUGGUAGACUCUCCUUCCUUCAUACAUGAAGUAACAAGUACUGGUUGUGAAAGUGGUGUUUCAUCAAGUCAGGAACCUUGCUUCAAUGGGCAUGAAAGACCUGAAGACUCUGCUGGUCUGGAUGUCCAAGAUUGUGGCUUUCCCCAAGAAAUUCCUGCAUUAAAUUCAGCUGAUUUUGGCACCUUACAAGUCAAUCCGACCAAUCAUAACAUGUCUGUCUUGGAAUCGCUCCUUGAUCCAUUGGCUGUCUGUACUGGAGCAUCCUUGGUUGCACAGAAUCAAGGAAGUGUAGUUUCAUCUCAAAUUGGAGAAGAGCCUUUUGAUCAGAUUCAGCAAUCUUCCCAACAAAAUGAUGUGCCAAUGCAGGUGCCAGUUGUAUUAUCAUCUUUGCUGGUUGGACAGUCUAAUCCUCUCGUCCCCCAGUUUAUUGAGAAUUCAGUGUUACCAAAUUCAGAAAGGAGAUUGCAAGGAAGUAUCAGUGAAGAUUUAACAUGCACUUUUACUCAACCAGAAUCAGUCCAUUAUCCCCUCUUUCCAUUUGCACAGUUGAUGCCAACUCAAGGGCUUCAUCCUGAGCCAUUGAAAAAUGAACUGACUAGAAUACGAAUACAUGAGGAUAUAAUUUCUAAGAUGCAUGAUGAUAAGAAAUCAAAACUUAAACUAGAGUGUGACAAGGAGUUAGAUCAGGUAAGGAGAAAAUACGAUGUGUUACUUCAGGAUGAGGAGUCGCAGUUUCGUCAGAACAAAGAGAUUCUUGAAACCAUUUACAACAAAGUUUUCAUGAAUCAAGUUUUAGCUGAAGAGUUCAGGGCCAAAUUUAUUGAUAACAAGGGAAGAGCUUCUUCGUCUUCGCAAGCUCAGCGAACAAUGCAGCAGUUACUUCAGUCAUCCCAAACUCAGUGUUUCCAGAGAUCUGUGUCACCGUCAACCUCUGUCCCUACUGCACUGUCUACUGUACUGCCUGCUGUAGCCCCAACCUCACUUGUGUCGGUCAGGCUUCGAGCCUCAUCCAUUUCUUCUGGACAGAUAGCCCGCCUGAUCACUCCAGUCUACUCAAGUAAUUCAGUUAGACCUCACUUCAGCCCGAUGCUUCCAUCCCUGGCAAACCUUCAAAUUGGAAGUGAAACCCGUGCGCCUGCUCCACAUCUGCAUCGAUUCAGAACUAACACAUCCAUGCCCUCUCAGAAUCUAGUUUGUACAAAUGGGAUAACCAGUCAGCAGCACUAUCUUGUGAAUGUAGGUUCAGCUACCAUGGAACAAGUUGCAUCUGUCCCUACGAGCAGAAGGUCAUCUGUUUCAAAUACUCUAUCUGUUUGUCGGGGUUCCUCCCCAUCUGAUGUUGAGUUUCAUGUGGAUACUGAGGACUCCGGACGAGCUAACCAGCCUAACUCGUCCCAGUUAGCUGACUUUACACCAAAAUUCGAUAGUUGGUCCUCAACUAAUCGUACUUCAACAACUUGCGGAUUGUCUCAGUCACGUUGAUGUUGUCAGGUUGCCUUUUAACUCAGAUGUAGUCUGUCUAUCAGAUGAUGACUGAUCUUUAUAAGUUCCCAGUCAUCUGUCCUCAUAUUUUUAUACCAUCUGUCGAUAACAGUUAAUAACCUUGGAAAAGUUCGUCCUUCCAAUC